ACAGCGCAUGCGCUACAAUUAAGCAAUCUCGCACGAGCAAGAGUGAGCUGACAGGUUUCAUACUGGACACUGAUGAUAUCAGAUUUCUGAGAGUCACACUGAGACUUUUCUUCAUUUAUUCUGUAACUGUGAUUACACCCGCACACUAUAUGGCAGAACAUUUCUUUUUUAUUGUGGAAUUCAUUUACUGUGACUUUAAACUUUAGUUUUUACUUUAAACUUUAUGUUUUACUUGGAUUUACUACUCAUUGUGGUGAGCUAAAAAUGAAUAUGUGGUAUGUAAUUUAAACAUUUUAUUAGCCAAGCAUUACAUUCACAAAUGCAGCGUAGUAAAAUUUAAACUGUGGUUUGGUUCUUUUAAAAAGGACUUGGAGUGUUACUUUAAUAGUUUGUCUACCUCCACUAACAGGAAGGCCCCCAAAGCCUGGAACAGCCAUCCAUUUUCUAUACCACUUAUCCUACACUGGGAGCCUAUCCCAGAAGACACAAGGCACACCCUGGACAGGGUGCCAACCCAUCACAGGGCACAAUCACACACUACAGACAAUUUAGAGAUGUCAGUCAGCUUAUAGCACAUAUCUUUGGAGUGGGGGAAGAAACCCGCUAAGUAUGGAAGGCAAAUUCAAACACCACACACACACACACACACACACACACACACACACACACACACACACACACAGGACAGGGGUGGGAUUCAAACCCCCAACCCCGGAGGUGCAAGGCAACAGUGCUAACCACUAAGCCAGCCUGGGACAUAUGUGCUGCUUUUGGCAUGUGUGCAUAAUCUGUUUGAUGUAUACCAGUCAUGUUGGAUAAGUUAGUUUUACAAUAUUAUCUGUGCAUCAGCUGCUUUACUCAAACUCUCCUAUCAUUCAUUCCUUGAGAACCAUGAAGAAGGAACACACUGCAAAAAUAGAACUUUGUUAAGAACUGUGUUAAACUGAACUAAAUGUACACUGUGGAAAUUGUUGAGCAUAACCUUUCCUUUACUUGCCUUUUGGUUCUGAGUGUAAUCACACUCAGCCUAUCAAAGAGAUUUUUAAAAUUCUGGUUAUCACUUUCCUACACUAAGGAAAAAACAAACAAUGUCAUAUGAUUUUUUUUUUUGGAACUUAACCAUUUUAGAAUAUAAAUUGCCUGACUAAAGUGACUAAAUUUCAAACCCACAUGAGUGUGUUUAGGGAUUGGUGACACAGAGCUGGCACUUAUGUGGCCUGCCAAACUGGUGAGCUGAUCAUUCAUAGAGGAGGGAGGCUGGACACACACACACACACACACACACACACACAGUGAUCUGUAUGUGACCAUCACCAUGGAGACCUGCUAUCAAGGCCACAGUUUCAACAGGCUGCUUGAAGAAUAAACAGUGCGCAGAGACAUAAGCGCUGAUUGACAGAGAGGAAGAAAAGAGAAGACCAGGAAAGCAACUGCAUGGAGGAUUACACCGGUGUAAGAACUCUCCAGGCUGUGUGAAAUAUUACUGGCACGGGGUAGGGCAGAGAUGUUCUGGAAAAAAACAAGCAACACAAUUUCCACCGGCAGUGACAACAACAGCUAGCUCUCUUCAAAUAGCUGGAUGUAAACAUUCUACCCAGAACAGUACGUCUUGCCCUUCAUACAGGUCAUUUGUGAAUAUGGCCAGCUGGAUCAGUGAAGACAGGUUCAGGUCAGAUAGAAAUGACUCGGAAUGGGACUGUGGUUUGAGUUCUCAGGAACUCAGGAACUCUUUCAGAUCUUCAAACCCCAUCUUGCUGUCUGAGUUUGACUUGUGGGAAAAGUCCCUCUUUAAAUCUCGGUCCUCAGCUUUGAGUUGUGUGGGUGUGUCUCGAUUAGAUCACAGCUCCAAAAUCAGCACCAGCUCCAUUGGCGGUCAGUGUAGGAUGAAACACAGUGAAUCACCUGCCAGGCAAAGAUGGAAGUCUGCCUCACGUCUUGCGCCAGACGGGGCCCCCAGAUCCCAUUCUGAGUUUGGGCUGCGAAGUGCGCUGGAAGAGGGCAGCAUGAGGAGGACAGAACUCAUCCAGAGGCUCCGGGAGGUCCACAGCCGUCUGGACACACAAACAGACCUGCUGAAAACCAAGGAGACCCAGCUUCAGCACAGCCAGAGCAAUACCCAGUGUCUGGAGCUCAAGCAUAAGCAGCUGGCAAAGGCACUGAGUGUUGUUGAGGAGCAGAAAGAAGCAGCUGAGCUAAGUCACUUUGAGGAGAGCUGUCGCAGCGCAGACCUGCAAGACAAGGUGCUACAGCUGGAGAUGGACAUUUUGAAGAUGAAAUCUAGCCUUGAAAGCAGGAGCACUGCUCAAAUAUCAGCGUCACAUUCAAAGCCACACCUCGGCAGGACCAUGCCUGUAACAAAAGAUGAAUUUGUCAGAGAGGGACAGAAAAAGGCUGAGAGGGAAAUGAAGAAGCUCGAAGAAGCCCUUGGGGAGGCAGAAGAGAGAGCCGCGACCCUAGAGGCUGAAAAGGACCAUGCAUUAACACAACUCCGAUCCUAUAAAGAAGAUCGGCAGAAGGUAUUGAGACAGAUGGAAGAGCUGAAGCAGAGGUUUAGCAUGUCCUUGGCGGCCCAGAGUGAGUUGCAGGACCAGCUCAGCGAGACCCGCAGUCGCCUUGGCCAACUGGAACUGGAGAAUGAACUGCUCACCACAAAAACAUUGCGAUUGGAAGACAACAUAGAGGACCUGAAGUCAAAGCUAUCCAGUGCUUUAGCUGAAAAAGAUCGCCUGGUGCAGGAGAAAGCUGAACUGCACCAAAGAGUGCAAAGUUUGGAACUAGAGCUGCAAAGAUCCCAGCUGGGCAGAGAGGGCUUUACUCAGCAAGUGUGUGAUCUCCACUCCGAGCUGACUCAGGCCAAGAGCCAGGCCAGCCAACAACAGCAGAGUACCUUAUUAAUGAAAGAGGAACUGCACUCAGCCAAAGAGGUGAAUGAGAAACUGUCAGCAGACCUGGCCAUAGCCAAAGACAGGCUUCAGGAGACACUACAGCAGCUACAUGAACUGGAAGCAGAGAAGCUGAUCCAAACCAAUCAGAUAGCUGCACUGGAGACUGAGCGUUUGCAGCUGAUUGGAGAGAAGGAGGAGCUGAUGGAUGUUUUUGACCAGGGAGAUCAGAAAGAGCUAAGAGAUCUGAAGGAGACAUGUUGCCAGCUCAGAGAAUUACAGGAAAUGUUGGAGUAUGAGAAGAAAGAACUUGAGGCACAUUGCCAGAGCCUGGAAAAGAAAGUACAGAAUGUUGAGGCAGAGUAUGGGCUUAAGGAACAAAAGCUGCAACUCAUGAAGGAGAAGAUGGAGCAAGAGAAGGAGGAGCUGAAGAGAGUGGCAGCUCACUGGAAUGAGCGAUGGCUGGAUGCUGCGAUGACACUGCAGUCUACUCAGGCCCAACUAGAAGAGACCAAGAAGCAACAGCAAGAGACUGAUGCAAUCAUUCUUUUUCACGUUUGUCCUCAGCUGAGGGAAGAGGCAGCAGAAAAGCUGGAGACACUUGAGGCGGACAGGCAGAAUAUGAUCCAGAGAUUGCUAGAAGAGAAGACACACCAUGAAAAAGAGCUGGCCAGAAUUAAGAAAGAAGCUGGUGCUUUGGAACGGGUGGAGCUUGAUGCCUGCAAACAACAGCUGGAACUAGAGAGGAACAGAAGCCAGACUCUGCAGCAGAGACUCAUGGGAAACCCUGUGUCUCUGGAGGAAAUGGAUGGAGAGCUGGUGCAGCUGAAGGCUGAGCUGCAGAAGGUGUGGGACAUGCUGAAGAGCCGUGACACUGAGCUGGAGGAGCAGCAGCACGAGCUGCAGUCUGCUCGUGGCCAGGUGACUCAGCAGAACAGCGAGGUACAGAGACUGGAGCAGCAACUGGCUAAGAGAGAUCAGGAAUUGAAACAAAGAGAUCUUUUCCUAAAGGAUUUGAUGAGACAGGGAGACACAGAGAAAACUCAGGCCCAAAUCAAGAUAACUGGUCUUGAAAAUGAGCUUGCUGGACUAAAAGAUCUUAAGACCAUCCAGAAGCUGGGCACUCAACAUGAUUAUCAGCCCAUAGACUCCACCAUGGAAGAGUGCAGUAGGACAACUGAGCAACUAAAGCAGGAAAAAGAGCAGGAUCUGCAGAAAGUGCAUAGUGUCAAACCUCCCCAACAGGGAAAAGGAGAGAGGCGAUCACCAUUAAUGAAGAGAAAAGAGACAGCAGUAAGGGCGGAUAUCAUAGAUCCUGACCAACAGAGGAGGCUAAUCACUGAGCAGCUGAAAAGUCUGUUUAAGGGGAAGGAGCAGAUGGGUGAUAUGGCAUCUCCCAUGAUCCAGAGAAAAGCUGGGUCAGUACUGGACUGUGGCUCAAAGUCACCUAAAGUUAUAAAGAAUGCCAUGGACAUGGUAAGAAGUGAGGUGAAGAGACAACAGAAAUGUGGACUUGAUUCAGGUGUUCAUGAGAAGACAGGAGAACACACUGCAGAACAGUUCGCUCCUAAUAAAACUAAAGUGUCCACAGCAGAUCCAGGAUUUAAGAGUUCCAGCAAAGUCUAGCAUGGAGAUAGCACAAACCUGUGUGCUGUUUAAUUCACAAAUAAGAGGAGGCCCUGAAAAUGAGACCACCCCUGUUUUGUGUGGAUGGAAUAUUCCUAGCCUGGAAGGUUGAGGUGUGUGACUCAGAGCUGGAAGAGGAUGAGGAGUAUACUCAGGUUGUGGAGGAAGGCACUGACUUGUACUUGAUUGAAUAACUUCAUUACAUGUUGAAAGAUUUCAGGUACAUUAUUGUAUAGUGAAAUGAUUUUUUGAGAAACCCUCCUGCAAAUUCUUUUCUCAGAGAAGCAGAAGGUUUACUAAAUAUUCAAAUUAUUGUAAUGAAAAUCUGAUACAAACAAAAAUCAGUGUCUGGUUCAGCUGUAGUAUUUAUGGGAUACAGAUUAAAUACCUUAAAUGAGACAAUUACUGAAACAUAAAUUAAUUUCAGACAUUAUGUUGUUAAGGCAGAUCUAGAACCCUAGAAAAUAUGGCUAGAUUAGAAUAUAAGACAGUCUUAACCCUGGCCUCAUCUAACACCUAACCAUUAGACCUAUGUUCAAUACAAUAUGCUAUAUCAAAUUAGAGGCAUAUGCUGCUAAACAAAGCACAUUUGACAUUUGAAAUUUUGCAGAAGUUAAUGUGCAAAAGUUUGUGAUAUUUCAAGGUUAGAUAAAAAAAAAUUAUAAUCUUACUAUCAGUCAAGCUUCUGAGCUGUCUCAGCACUGAUUUCAGACGCUUGCCUUCGAAAUUCUUGUUGCACCAAACAAUAAAAAUUGCUUGAAAUUAUCUGAGUUAACAUAACUGGGUUAGCUUCAAAGCAAUAUCCUGGUGUAUCUUUGUGCUUAUACUCAUGUGAGGUGUGAAUAGUUUGUAAUUAUUAUCUAAUAAAACUGGUAUAACUGGUAUAAGUUCCAGUAUCUUGAUCACUAAACCUUGGUGUUGACGAUAUACUAAUGACAUUUGAUGUGAGCUUUCACACCAUUCUUCAGUGUUCUGUACAUGAAAUGAGAUAAGUACAUGAAAUAUCUCCAAAGAAAUGUCUUUUAGAUUAGACUAUGAAGAAAUUAACAAAGGUAGUAUCAAAUUAGUAUCAAAGAUAGAAUGCUAUGUUAAUCACAAAAUGAGUGCUCCAUGCUAGGCCCAACUUCUCAUGAACAUCUCCUUUAUCAUCAUAAUCCCUGUCAUAACGCAGGCAUCGUUCACAACAGAGCAGCAGCUGUCCCUUUUAUUCCAACCCCUCAUGUCAUCAAAGUGGGAGUGAGGCAGCUGAGCACAAUGUUUUAUACUGUAUAUGAGCUUAAUUCAGUGUGCCCAUCUGUCAUCAAUAAUAGAUAUACUAACUAUUAUAAUGGUGGGUGGUAAUUUCCACCACCAAAUAAAACAAUCCUAUGCUUCUCAGACCCCUGGACUCCACUUUGGGAACCAUGGUUGUAUA